CUCUCCCACAAGGCAGCCUGGCUCCCGGCGCUGGCUCUCCAGCUGUUCUUAGGCCGGGGCGAGGGUCCGGAGAGGGAGAGCGGGCUGCGACUGGUCUCCGCUCCCCGGCCCCCUUCUCCGCGUCUAUUGGUGCUUCCGUGGAGCCGGCAGCCUGGCUGGCCGCUUCCGGGCGGCUGCCCGCGCUCCUGACUGACAGGCGCCGUCCCCACUGCCCGCGCCACCCGCCACGUCCCCUCUCUCGGCCGGCGCAUGGCGUGGCUGCGGACCGCUCUCUCGGAGUCCAGCAAUAUGUGGGUUCCCGGCUUCGGACCCGCGCGACUUCCCCGGCGUCCUGGGCUGGUGUCGUCCUCGAUGCGGCCGCUGUGGCCGCUGCUUCUGUUUCUGCUGGUGGCCGUGCGGCCGGUGCGCGCCUGGGAGAGCGGAGACCUGGAGUUGUUCGACUUGGUGGAGGAGGUGCAGUUGAACUUCUAUGAGUUCCUCGGGGUGCAGCAGGAUGCUUCAUCUGCAGACAUCAGAAAAGCAUAUCGUAAGCUUUCACUAACCUUACAUCCAGACAAGAACAAAGAUGAAAAUGCAGAAACUCAAUUUAGACAAUUGGUGGCCAUUUAUGAAGUUUUAAAGGACGAUGAAAGAAGGCAGAGGUAUGAUGAUAUUCUGAUCAACGGACUUCCAGAUUGGCGACAGCCUGUAUUCUACUACAGGAGAGUGAGAAAAAUGAGCAAUGCUGAGCUGGCCUUGCUCCUGUUCAUUAUUCUCACCGUAGGCCAUUACGCCGUGGUGUGGUCCAUCUACCUGGAAAAGCAACUGGAUGAACUGCUUAGUAGAAAGAAGAGAGAGAAGAAGAGGAAGACAGGAAGCAAGAGUGUGGAUGCAGCGAAACCUGGUGCUUCUGAGAGGAACGAAAGAUUGCUUAUAAAACCACAAUGGCAUGAUUUGCUUCCAUGCAAACUGGGAAUUUGGUUUUGCCUUACACUAAAAGCAUUGCCUCAUCUGAUCCAGGAUGCUGGGCAGUUUUAUGCGAAAUACAAGGAGACCAAAUUGAAGGAAAAAGAAGAUGCGCUGGCGAGAGUGGAGCUCGAGACGCUUCACAAACAGAAGAAAGCUAAAGUUAAAAAGCCCAAACCAGAAUUUCCUGUGUAUACGCCUUUAGAAAAUACAUAUAUUCAGUCUUAUGAUCAUGGAACUUCUAUUGAAGAGAUUGAGGAGCAAAUGGAUGACUGGCUGGAAAACAGGAACAGAACUCAGAAAAAGCAGGCACCUGAAUGGACAGAAGAGGACCUCAGUCAACUGACAAGAAGUAUGGUUAAGUUCCCAGGAGGGACCCCAGGUCGAUGGGAGAAGAUUGCCCAUGAAUUGGGUCGAUCUGUGACGGACGUGACAACCAAAGCCAAGGAACUGAAGGAUUCAGUCACCAGCUCCCCCGGAAUGACCAGGCUCUCUGAACUGAAGUCAAACGUUCAGAAUUCCAGGCCACUCAAGAUAGCCACAGCCUUGCCAGAUGACAUCAUCACCCAGCGAGAGGACUCAGCAGGGGCCAUAGAGGAGGAGGAGGAGGAGCAAGAGACUGCUGAGGGUGACCAGGAGACAGUGACCUCAGAAGCCCGGCCUCGGAGGCGGAAAUCAGCCAAGGUGGCGGAGGUAGUAACCAGGGUGGAACCAGAGGAGAAGCUGAGAGGAAAGAGGCAAAAAGAUUUUGAUAUAUCGGAACAAAAUGAUUCCAGUGACGAAGAGAGACCGAGAAAAGAAAGAAGCCGUGCUGCAGAGGACGCCUGGACUCAGAGUCAGCAGAAACUUCUGGAGUUGGCAUUACAGCAAUACCCAAAAGGAGCCUCUGACCGAUGGGACAAAAUCGCCAAAUGUGUCCCGUCUAAGAGUAAGGAAGACUGUAUUGCUAGAUACAAGCUGCUGGUUGAACUGGUCCAAAAGAAAAAGCAAGCUAAAAGCUGAAUCUCCUGGAAGAUGACUGUGACCAUCGUUUUCCAAACGAGUACUCUAGAAAUCUUAUGCAGAAACUUGCAUUUUGUACCUCAGUGUUUCUAAACGUCAUGUGCCUUAGUAAAAAAAAAAAGGAAAAGAGUUACUCAACUGGA